GGCCCGGACUACGAGUCCCGCCGGGCGCCGCGGCGCAGCGCACGAGCCCCGCUCGGCUCGGGCGCGUCUAUUAUGCUGCCGGGGCCGGCGCGCCAGCGAGGAGCCGGCCGCGCGGGCCGGGAGGGGACGGCGCCGCCGCCGAGGCCAAGUGCCGCCUGGUGCGCCCGGACAUGGACUGCCGCCCGCCCGCCCGCGGGAAGCUCGCAGAAGGCCUGGCACCCCCCGAGUGUCCAUUACUGUGACGGCCAGUGAGGAGCAGCCGGACGAUGUCCACUGCCACCGCAGCUGCCCCCGCGGGCCUGCCGGCAGCCCCCGGACCUGCCAACCCGCCGCCACCCGAGGUGUGCAGCGCGGGGAAGCCGGGCCGCAAGACCAACCAGCUGCAGUACAUGCAGAACGUGGUGGUGAAGACGCUCUGGAAGCACCAGUUCGCCUGGCCCUUCUACCAGCCCGUGGACGCCAUCAAGCUCAACCUGCCGGACUAUCACAAGAUCAUCAAGAACCCCAUGGACAUGGGGACCAUCAAGAAGCGGCUGGAGAACAGCUACUACUGGAGCGCCAGCGAGUGCAUGCAGGACUUCAACACCAUGUUCACCAACUGCUACAUCUACAACAAGCCCGCAGAUGACAUCGUGCUGAUGGCCCAGGCCCUGGAGAAGAUCUUCCUGCAGAAGGUGGCCCAGAUGCCCCAGGAGGAGGUGGAGCUGCUGCCCCCAGCCCCGAAGGGCAAAGGCCGGAAGCCAGCAGCGGCCGUCCAGAGCACAGGCACGCAGCAAGUGGCAGCCGUGUCCUCCGCCUCCCCAGCGACCCCGUUCCAGAGCGCGCCCCCCACGGUCUCCCAGACGCCCGUCCUCGCGGCCACGCCCGUGCCAACCAUCACCGCAAACGUCACGUCAGUUCCCGCGCCCCCUGCUGCCGCCCCGCCGCCCCCCGCGACGCCAGUCAUCCCCGUGGUCCCUCCCACGCCGCCCGUGGUCAAGAAGAAGGGCGUGAAGCGGAAAGCAGACACCACCACGCCCACCACGUCGGCCAUCACCGCCAGCCGCGGCGAGUCGCCCCCGCCGCUGCCGGACCCCAAGCACGCCAAGGUGGUGGCCCGGCGGGAGAGCGGCGGCCGCCCCAUCAAGCCGCCCCGCAAGGACCUGGAGGACGGCGAGGUGCCGCAGCACGCGGGCAAGAAGGGGAAGCUGCCGGAGCAGCUGCGGCACUGCGACCACAUCCUCCGCGAGCUGCUAUCCAAGAAGCACGCGGCCUACGCCUGGCCCUUCUACAAGCCCGUGGACGCCGCGGCGCUCGAGCUGCAUGACUACCACGACAUCAUCAAGCACCCCAUGGACCUCAGCACCGUCAAGAAGAAGAUGGACAGCCGUGAGUACCCCGACGCCCAGGGCUUCGCGGCGGACAUCCGGUUGAUGUUUUCCAACUGCUACAAGUACAACCCCCCUGACCACGAGGUGGUGGCCAUGGCCAGGAAGCUGCAGGACGUGUUUGAGAUGCGCUUUGCCAAGAUGCCGGAUGAGCCCGCGGAGGUGCCCGCCGCGCCCGCGCCCGCGGCCCCGGCCACCAGCAAGGGCGCGGACAGCAGCCACAGCAGCGAGGAGAGCUCGUCGGACUCGGGCUCGUCGGACUCGGAGGAGGAGCGCGCCACGCGGCUGGCGGAGCUGCAGGAGCAGGUGACGGCCGAGCCCGCCCCACGCGCUGGUCUCUGGCUUUGCCUCCCGGGCUGUGCCCGGGCGUCCUGCGGGAGGGCUGGGCUCCGUGCUCUGCCCGCGCUGAGCGGCCGCUGUGCCCCGCAGCUGAAGGCCGUGCAUGAGCAGCUGGCCGCGCUGUCCCAGGCCCCUGUGAACAAGCCAAAGAGGAAGAAGGAGAAGAAGGAGAAGGAGAAGAAGCGCAAGGACAAGGACAAGGACAAGGAGCGGCACAAGGCCAAGGGCGAGGACGACAGGAAGGCCCGGCCCGUGCCGCCCGCCCGCCAGGGCCCCCCGAAGAAGGCCCCUGCCAAGAAGGCCAGCAGCACCACCACGCCCGGCAGGCAGCCCAAGAAGGGCGGCAAGCAGGCGUCGGGCUCACACGACUCGGAGGAGGAGGAGGAGGGGCUGCCCAUGAGCUACGACGAGAAGCGGCAGCUCAGCCUGGACAUCAACCGGCUGCCCGGCGAGAAGCUGGGCCGCGUCGUGCACAUCAUCCAGGCGCGCGAGCCCUCUCUGCGCGACUCCAACCCCGACGAGAUCGAGAUCGACUUCGAGACGCUGAAGCCCACCACGCUGCGGGAGCUCGAGCGCUACGUCAAGUCCUGCCUGCAGAAGAAGCAGCGGAAGCCGCUGGCCGCGAGCGGGAAGAAGCCGGCGGCCAGGUCCAAGGAGGAGCUGGCGCAGGAGAAGAAGAAGGAGCUGGAGCAGCGGCUGCAGGACGUCAGCGGGCAGCUCAGUAAGAAGAGCCCCCGGAAAGACAAGCCGGGCCCCGCGCCCUCGGGCGGCCCCUCACGCCUCAGCAGCAGCAGCUCCUCGGAGUCGGGCAGCAGCAGCUCCAGCGGCUCCAGCUCGGACAGCAGCGACUCGGAGUGAGGCCGGACGCCCUCGCCGGGACCCACCGGAAGGCCUGUCCUCGCGCUGUGGACAGGUGCUGGCCUUCGGGCGGCCCGGGCUGACCGCCCGCCCGCCACGGGUGGGGUUGUACACAGGUUUCCAGACACUGAAACUCUUACCUCAACUUUGGAAAAAAAAGAAGAUAAAAAAAUAAAGACUUUUUUGUAAGGUUCAGCAACUUUUCUACGCAAGCCCCCGAGGGCGGCCACCGUUGGCGCCGCCUCUGCCCACGCCCCGGACCCACCUCCCGAGUUCAUGUACAUACGAGCCUUUAUUUAUUAUCAGCAUUGGUCAUUUUUUAAAAAAAGGAAAAAAAAAACACAAAAGAAACGCAUUGUCGAGAGGCACGGACAGGCCCCUGCCGCCAGCCGGGCCUCUCGCCCAGGUGCUAGUGGGCCCACGCGGCCGCCUGGACUGCCCGCCGCGGCUGGACACAGUGCUCACUGAGUUUCAGUUCUGCUCUUUCUUACUCUCGGUCCCUCGAUGCUCCCCAGGACACCGUGUAGGGACCCAGUUACGCGAUAGAAACUUUGUAAUCCGAGAGGGAAGCUGUACAGUGAUUCUAAGCCUUGGCAUUUAACUUUCUAUUGUAAAAACAGAUGACAAUAAUAAUACAUGGGCUUUACCACAAGGCUCUCGGCUCUUUUCUUCUCGAGGUUGCCCGGGCCCCACUGCGAGGGGGCCAGGGUUCCCCUGAGGCACUCGGGCCCCCUCACCCCAGAUGCCUCCGGUUUAGGGCUGUUGCCGGGCCCUCCGGGAGGGGCUGCAGCUGCCCACCCUCCUGCUGUGCUUCGGGGUGGGGAGUGGGCUUGCCACACCUCGGUGUCGACCCUUGGACUGCACGUGGGACCCCCUUCCCCGCCAGGAAGCCUCAUGCUGGCACACGGGUGGCUCCGGUGCACUGACCUGAACGCUGAGGGUCAGUUUGUAAUAAAAGUACCAGCAGAUUUAAAUUUG